AGCCGAAAAAUCCAUACUGGAAAUUAAAAUGAAUUCGUUUGGACUAUCAACAGACAUAGGGACUCCAGUUCCACUGAAAUUCAUUGACGUGAAUGUGAAAAUCAAGGGCUACCUGGCCGAGGUGGUAACCAGUCUGGGGUAUUACAACAGCGAGGAUGACCCAGUCGAGGCAAUGUUCACGUUCCCUGUAGAUGACAGAAGCGCCGUAUACCAGUUUGAGGCCACGAUUGAUGGACGUCGAAUUGUUGCUGAGAUACAGGAAAAGGAACACGCUAUUCUAACAUAUGAAGAUGCUAAGCAGAGUGGGAUGGCAGCCAUGUUGCUUAAAGAAGAUACACAAAGCAGCGACACUUUCCAAUGCAUGCUUGGUAAUCUGCCCGCGGGCAAUGAAGCAGAACUGAAGCUGUCAUACGUGAAUGAGCUGCCACAGGAGGAGGAUGGAAGAGUGAGGUUUACACUACCUACAGUGCUGAACCCACGCUUCUGUCCAGAAGCUGGUUCGAGCGUUGCCGCAGAGGGAGCUGACUAUGUACCACCCAAGUCAGUGACAUAUAAUUUCAAGAUGAUUGUCACAAUAGAAGGAUACCAUAUGAUAAAGGCUGUUUCUUCUGACAAAAUCUCACUGGAUGUCAAGUUAGAGUCAGGCGGGAAAUUGGCUCAGUUUGAGAUUGGGGAGGAGUUUAAAUUUGACCAUGAUCUUUAUCUGCUGGUGGAAUAUGCCGAGUCCUUCGCUCCACAGGUUAUCCUGGAAAAUGGAAACCCGGGAAAAGAGGGUCUACUGAAGGAAGACAUGCUAAUGGUGAGUUUCCAUCCCGACCUCAAGGAGGUUGCCAUGGCAACAAGUGGAGAAUAUGUCUUUAUCAUCGAUAGAUCAGGAAGUAUGAAAGGUAACAGAAUAAAGAAUGCAAAGGAGGCGUUGCUUCUCUUCCUGAAAAGUUUGCCGGCUGGUUGCUACUUUAAUGUGGUUAGCUUUGGAUCAAACUACAAAUGUCUCUUUGACAAGAGCAAGGAGUACAGUGAGGAGACUCUUGAUGAAGCCCUGCAGGUCCAGGCCAAGAUGGGUGCAGACAUGGGUGGCACAGAGAUAUACAAGCCACUAGAAUAUGUCCUCAAAGAGAAAGUACAACAACAACCAAGGAACGUGUUUCUGCUGACAGAUGGGAAUGUGCGUAACAGUCAACCGGUGAUUUUGCUGAUUAGGAAGCACUCGGGGGAUACCAGAGUGUUUGCCCUAGGAGUAGGUAGUGGGGUGUCUACUUUCUUAGUGAAUGGCGUGGUGCGUGCUGGGAAUGGCCUCGCAGAAUUUAUUGCUGAUGAUGAACGCAUUCAACCAAAGGUUGUAUCCCUGCUGAAGUGUGCCAUGCAGCCGCCACUAACGAAUAUAGAGCUGACAUGGGACCUGCCACCAGGGGUGACUCCGGUUUCCAUACCAACAGAUUGCCCUGUUAUGCUGACUGUGGGGCAGAGGCUAACAUUCUUUGCCAUGCUACAAGGGGUAGAUCUGGAUACAAUCUACGCCACCAGCAAGCUAACCUUGAAAGGUCAACAAAGCAACAACCCUGUGACCUUUGACCUUAUGUUCACCCUAUCAGAGGAUGACAACUCAAGCGUGUCUGCCCCCGUCCAUCGCCUAGCAACCAAGACUCAGAUCAAGCUACUACAGGACGAGGAAGCAGCUUUGUGUAACCAGAUGAACGGUGAUUACUACAAUCCAAAAAUAAAUAUUGAUAAGGUUGAAGAAAUAAGGAAGAAGAUCGUAGGUGUGAGUCGCCAUGGUAACAUUGUGUCAAAGUUCACGUCAUUUGUUGCCGUGGAUACAGAGGGUGAGAAGGUCAAAGGUGAACUGAAGACCAGGCGAUGUACAGUCCCCACAACCAGCGAGGAGUUCUUGAAAGGCAUGGAGAUGUAUGGUGAAGAUGAUUGUGAUGGGGUUAACGAGGACCUGAUGCGAGGCUGCGCUAUGAAAGUUACACCUCAAAAGCGAUUACGAUCGAGGAUGACUUAUGGUGGUGGUGGAGCAAGAAGUGCAAAGAAAAACAAAAGCCUUGGCUUGAGUUGUGGUCUCAACAAGUUGAAAAACAUGGUGCCCUUCUUUUCAAGAAAAAAGAAGAAAAGAUCUAAACCAGAAGAAAUGGAUUUUGAAGAAGACGAUAAUGAGAAAUUAGAAGAAGAACCACAUAAACUUGGAACAGAUAGAGAAGAUGAUGUUGACGAUAGCAAUGAUAACAGGUUGCGAAAGUCUUCUUCAGCUGUAUCAUCAGAUGAGGUAAUGAUGAACGUGAUCACCUUACAGAAACUUGGUGGGAACUGGUCAAACACAACACAGCUUGCCAAUUUGCUGCAAAUCCCGGAAGAUCUGCUAAAAUCUACAGACAUUAUUAAGGACUGUGAUGUGCUGGCGACGCUGAUAGUGUUGAGUUGGUUGCGGAGUAAGUACGCCCACCGACAGGAGGAAUGGCAGAUGAUCGAGACCAAAGCUCUCGCCUGGCUCGGACAGCAGAACCUGGAGAAACCAGUAGAGGAACUACUAUCACUUGUGGCUGACUCUGUCUUGCACAAGGUUUAAAUGAAUUAAAAUCUGUGAAGUGUAGCUGGAACAAGACGCAAGUGAAUUCAGUGAAAGAAAUACCGAAACCUUUGGCUGUCUCGGUCUUAAACAGGCUUAGAUAGAGUGAACUCUUAGUUUUGAGAAUUGCUUUAGGCAGAUCUACCUUGAACAAUGUUUAAUUGAAUAAAUCAAUAUCUGUACGUCUAUACUUAGACUUAAGCCAGGCUCACUUUGAACAAAGCUUCAGUGAAGUGUGAAGCAAGACUUUAGCCAGACUCAAAGUGAUCAAGGCUUAAAUAGACAUAAAUAUACCUGGUCCUCAACUUGGGUAGUGUUAAGUAAUUGCCAUAGUAAUAAGUAUCCGGCGUAAAUGUAGUCGAAAUCGAUAACAAAUUGCACUCUUCAUGCCAUUCUUUAACCUUCACAAGAAAGUUUUCUGGAUGCAAUGAAAUAAACUCACUAAAAGAAGCAUUAACAAAGCUUCCCAUUUCCUAGCAUAAUUUACUGUAAGAAAAAGUGUUAUUUUUUUCUCCGUUGAGCCUUUCAUUUCCGGAAGUCUUUACGACUAUGUGUUGUUAAUGUAAACAUGUAAGGCUUUGAAUGUUGAUAUUUUAAUGCCAAAUAAAUGUUAUGUUACUUACUUUCUGUAUGCAGGUGUUAAGUGACUUACUUUUUUGGAUCAGACUUUUGUUUUAUCCAUUGAAUUUCACAGCAAAGAUCUAAUAUUACUACCAAUAUUUAUAGUUAUACUUUUUAUGGUUUAUACAUGCUGUUUUUUUUUUCAAUAAAUUACACAGUUUAUAGUUUACUUCGAGCUUGUUUACAUUGUUUAGGUUUACUAUGACCGCCAGAUUGAGGAGUAAAACAACCGUAAGUUACAAGUUUUAGCGACCAUCUGAUUCAAUGAAAUUCAAAACAGUAUAUUAUUAGGGUGAUACAAUCAUUGUUGGAAGACAAUAUUAUGUCUAUCCUCUGUAAAUGCUAGUGUAUUCAUUAAACGAGAUUAUGUUGAAUCCAUGUCCACUUGCAUUUGUUUAUCCAGGGCAUUUAUUGUACAGCAGUUAUGACAAUCCCAAUUUGUGUACCUUGUACCCAUAUAGGCAUUUCAUUUGACAGUGACUUUUACUGCACUAUUUGUACAUUUUUUUUUAUCCACACCUUACUUAUUCCAACUAUCACAUUCAUCAACCAAUUUUCAUUGAACAUAGAUGUUUUUAAGAUACUUGUCUUCAUUAUGUUUUUGUUUGUUUUGAGGAAAAAAGUCAAUGUAUUAUGAUAGCCUUUGCACCGGUGUCUUUGUCUUCGUCAGCGUGUAAAAUCUUUUACCUUGGCCAUUACCUUAAAACUCACACAAUCAUGUUGCCAGCAACAAUCCGUUCUCUUUUUGCAAGACUCACAACCCUGGCUUUUAACAACAAUGGAGUUAUUUCCCUUUUUAAUGAAACCCCACAACAAUUGAUAAUUAUUGGCGUGCGCUUUCGGUACUUACUUAUUAGUUCAAAUUCCAGUUUUCAUGCAUUGAAUUCAAUAAACCUGUGCCUAGUUAUCUACUUGUCUUAGAUGAUAUUUCUG